AUGGAUCAUGUCGAUUGGUCUAGGUAUGAGAAGUUAUCCCAACUAUCUCGAGGUGUCGGACCACCACAACAUAAAUGUGAGAACUUAGAUGACAACAGAGACAUAAAUUUUAGGAGCAGUUGGAAAGAGGUAAAUAAAUUUUACCAGAUAGUGGUUGAUAACAAACCCCGUGCAAGUGUACUUCUUCAAGUGUGUGGUUUUGGGUCUGUAUUUGAAUUUAAAUUUAAGUAUGCGGAUAAGGCAUUAACUGAAGUUGUAUGUGAGAGGUGGUGGAAGAAGACCAGAACUUUUCACUUCCGUGAGUUUGAGAUAGGUUUGACCCCUCUAGAUUUCUUCCGGUUGACUGGUAUUCCAAUCGGAGGAGGUAAGCCAAUCCCAGAAUUACCAAAGGAAACUAUGACGCCGCAAGAAUUAGAAGCUAUGGAUGCUAGGUAUUUCUGUGGUGUGUUAGAUGUUAUGGUCCAAAGAAAAAAUCAGCGUUUGAAAACUGGAGAUUAUGAUUCCAAGGCCAGCACUAUGCGAGUUUCUCACUUGGCUAAUUACAUAAGAAGUAGGGAAAAUCUUGACAACACAGCCAUUGCCGAUGAAUUGACUAGAAUCUUCUUGCUUUGGUGUAUUGGUGCUUUUUUGUUUGCAGACUGUAGUCUUAGAGUAGAUAAACGAUGGUGUGUAGUGUUGGAUAAUUUAGAUGUUGUUGGGUCUUAUGAUUGGGGUACUCUAGCUUUGGGUGUUUUGUAUAAACAUCUGGAUGACUGGAGUUCAUGCAAACAAAAGGAUUUAGGUGGCAUGUCGAUGAUCUUAGAAUUCUGGUAUUAUUUUUAUUUCCGUAAUUAUCAACCGGUUUUGAAGAAAAGCCUAAAAGAUGAUGAACUUGAUCCACACCCUGCUAUUCUUCUAUUUUCUGGGACAAACCUUAAGAAUAGGGGACAAGUAGAUCUUCACAAACAUUCUGUGUCCGAUGCACGCGCUCAGAUAGCUAUGACGAUGGGGGAUGCGGUUAUUUGGGACCCCUGGUUCAGAGAUAGUGCCCAACAACACACUGAUGCAUUCCAAGCCGCACUGGAGAUGUCUAGUAGGAUAUUUGUUUUCAAGUGUGUUAAGGAAGGCACAAGAGCUUCUACUUAUCUGGCCGAGAGGUGUAUGAGGCAGGUUUUAGGUGUGGUAGUUAUCCCAUGA